AUCGUGUCUUGUGUUCUAAUUUUUUUUUUUUUAAGAAAAAUUACGGCAGGUCUAAAUGCAACUAAUAGUUUUUAAAAUAAUUUUUUUGCCGAUUAAAAAUAUUAUUAGCCUAUUUGAGUUAUUUAUAUUUACGCACACUGAAUGUAAUAUAUUUUAUAAAUCAUAUAAAAUUGCAAUAGAGUUUUAUUUCUGGUGUAUACUAUAAUUUUUAGAGUACGUCACGUUCAGUAAAUUAGAGUAACUGACCAACUUAGUAACUGGUCCAUUUGUGUUCAAAAAGAAUCAGAAAAAUGUAAAUAUGAAAGUAGUAAGUUGAGAAUGUGCCUUCUUGAAGUUUUGCUCUCCGCCUCGGUUUUACAACCAUUUUAUUUUUCUCGCCUAUCACCGAAAUUUGACCAUGCCAUAGACCAUAGCCGAUAGGCCUUAGUCAAUAGUCUGUUGCGUUUCUUAAUAAUAUUUAAGGAAUAGCUAGUUAUCGCCCCUGUUUUAAUAGAUGAGGGCGCCAGCGAUGUUAAUUUUUACUAAUAAAAAUACAACUCCGCCAUUUUCUUAGUGUAACACUAUCACUAAUAACCAUCUGGUUGGUCUAUCAAUUAGUGCAUGUUUCACCACUGUGUUCUGAGCUUAACAUGAUUGUGCUUUAUCACAUCUUUAAACAGUGUAAGGCCUACUUGAGGAGGCAAUUGCUAGACUUUAUUUUAGGCAUUUUCUACUUUCAAUUUCAUAAUAUGUGAAUAAAGUAAAACUAGGAAGGCCAGGAAGGGGCUACUUUUCUACAAUUUCAAUUACUAUCAUUACAUGAUGUCAUCAAUCAUGGUCAUGAUAUUAUUGAUAUAGAUUAUUAUAGUUAUAAGCUUAAUAUUAUUGUUAGGCCAAAUGAGUUUCUUUGAAGUUUUACUGAACGAAAAAUGGUUGAGUCACCGAUAAAUCCUCAAGCACAGAAAUCCUCUAGUCCAAAUGUUUCUGUUGUUACUGAAUCACAGCAGACCUCAGAGAAAUUUGUUCAACUUAAAUGAAGUUAAAUCCCAGUAGUGUAGCCUUAGUGCCCUUAGCGGGCAGUAGCUAGUAGCCCUAUGCCUGCCUAUAUACUAUAUUUAUUCGAAGUGUCUACACGUCCGUCGCGCCGGACAAAUAGUGCGCAAGAUAUAUGUCCGGCGGCAUGUCACGCUAGUAGUUUUUAUUAUUCCGAACGAAGUGCAGUUUGGUAGAUCUUCCGUGGUCUAGUGGUAGAGUGGUUGCUUAAUGUUAUGAUGUGAGGAUCAAUUCCGGGGAAAGGAUAUUUUUUUUCCCAUUUUAAUUAAAAAUAUUUUAUACUAUAUUUUUAUUAUCAUGUUCAUCAGCAACAGUAGUUUCAUGAGAAGUUUUUAAAUAUUUUGUAGCAAUUUAAACAAUUAAAAAUGAAAUCUUUUACUUUUAUUGGUUGCCUACUCCACACUGGCCCCUAAUUUAUUUUAUGGAUUACUGGUACACAAACUCAAAUAACAAACAAAACAAAAAUGUUUACAAGCCACUUUCAGUUUUUUUCUAUUAUUUGCAUUCGAGAUACUAAGAACAUUACUUGGUAGAGAAAUAGAUUUUAAAAUUAACAAUUUAAUAACAAUAGUUUUGAAUCAUUCGCAGUCGUCACGUGACAAGGCUGACCGACAAGAUAUCUCUCGCCACUUUGUUAUGGCUGUUGUGUGACAUGGUCGCCGGACAAAUAGUGCGGGAGAUAUACGUCCGGCCGGACGUGUAGACACUGCCAUAUUUAUUCCUAUGACCUAUGCCGCAGCGCUAACUAUGAGUAACAUUAAUUAAGGUGACCAUUUUAGUUUUAAGUUUAAAACCAGGACAUUUGAUUUUGAAAUUUAAGAAACAUUUUAUAAAUUUUUUAAAAAGUUUUGGCUUUAUGGGUGUCUAUGUAAGUGACAUAAUGAUUUAGUGGCAUAUAAAUUAUAAAUGGCUAAGAUGUACUUAGUGUUAAGGCCUGCAAUGUCUUCCACUCUCUAUAGUCUAUAUAGUAAUGGAAGUUCCUCAGGCUACUAACUGGCCAUAGUUCGGUAUUCAAAAAAUUGUGUCUUUAUCUUCAAAAAACAUUCUUAAUCAAAAACGUAUUUCUCCGCAGAAAUUUAUGUUUUAAAUGUACCAUGAAAUGGCCACAUGGCAAAAAUGAAUAGCGUACAGCUAUUUCUUUUUUCUACCAAUCAAAUGACCGCACUUCAAGUCAUGUGCACAUCUUUUUUCCACCUGUGCUCAAGUGUAUAUCAGCAAAUAUGAGUUUCUUUUUUUUUUUUAACCUAGCAAUUGUAAUUUGAAUUUUAAUAAAAGAAAGAAUGAUAAUUUUCGUAUAUUUCAUAUUAACUGUACCGGUAUAGAUUGUCAGAAUUAGUUUAUGAUGCGAAUAAUGUUCAGUGAAGAAUGGGAAAGUUAUUAUACAAUUCAUGCUAUCCAACUAUUGAUCAAGUGUUUGGAUUCCCCAAAGUGAAGUCACUGCACUUAGGGGGAGACAGCUCUUUGCAAAACCCAUACUAUUAAGUACACCUUUACCCUAAUAAACUGUUAUUUGUGAUUUCACUGAGAACUUGGCCUUAUGCGUUUGUUUGAAAAAUUUAUGAUCGAGGUGUGAAUUUGAAUCUAUGUAUUUCAUAUAUUUUUUAGUUGUUAUUCAUUUAUGCAAGGAUAUACGAUCUGUUUACUUGAUAUUUUGUUAAAUUAAUUAUUUUUUUAUUGUAGAUAAACUUUUGGAUCUUAACUUUAAUUUUAUUGGUUACAACUUACUACUAAUUUGGACCAAUGUCAUGAAAUCAGUAAAACCACAACACCCCCCCCCCCCCACACCAAAGUAAAGUAUCUGCAUUGGUAAAUACAGCAUGAAUGGUCAACCUACUUAAGAGGCAUGUCUGCCAAAGCUAUUUUAAGCUUUGCAAUUCAAUAGUAAAAUUUGGGUACCUGCAUAGUAUUAGGCCUAAUGGACUAAUUAUUAAUUAAAAAAUUAAUAAGGCUAAGGAUUAUGUCUCAUAAUAAUAAUAUACUAUGCCUAUAUAUAUUUAUAAAUAAAUAUAUAUAUACACUAGCGGAUAUACAUUUGGAACGAAGGAACUUCUACAGUCUUAUAAUUAUUCCGAUCCCAGUGGGCUCCCAAUCCCGCUUCUGUUAGUAUACCGUUUCCCGGUGGAUUCCCUCUGGAUCCAAAUUCCGGUAUGAUCCCAAUCCCGUCGGUAUUUUGAUCCCAGGGGGAUACCAAUAGCUGUCGGAUCCUGAUACCGGUGGGGUACCGAUCUCGGUAGGUUUAAAUUUUCCUAUAGGAUUCCACUCCGAGUGGGAUCCCGUUUCUUGGUGGGAUCCUCUUCUCUAAUACGAUCUAUUUCCCAAAAAGAUCCUGAUCCCGGUUUGAUCCCGUUACCAGAUUGGAUAGCAUUACAGUUGGUUUCAUUUUAAUGCUGGAUCUCAUUAACGUUACUAUUACUAUAAUAGUAAGCCAUUAUGGUUGGCCACCCUGUUCUGCAACAAAUUAGAUUUCUUUUAAAACAAAGUAAAUGACAGUGCUACUAUAUUUAGUUGUCUUUUCCGUUAGUAAAUUUUUAUCCAUAUGAAUGUAAUGAUCAUUAUGAUGUUAGUAAAUUUGUAUCCAUAUGAAUGUAAUGAUCAUUAUGAUGUUAGUAAAUUUGUAUCCAUAUGAAUGUAAUGAUCAUUAUGAUGUUAGUAAAUUUGUAUCCAUAUGAAUGUAAUGAUCAUUAUGAUGUUAGUAAAUUUGUAUCCAUAUGAAUGUAAUGAUCAUUAUGAUGUUAGUAAAUUUGUAUCCAUAUGAAUGUAAUGAUCAUUAUGAUGUUAGUAAAUUUGUAUCCAUAUGAAUGUAAUGAUCAUUAUGUUGUUAGUAAAUUUGUAUCCAUAUGAAUGUAAUGAUCAUUAUGUUGGCAGAACAUUUUUAAAAAAAAACAACAGAAUACAGUUUAAAACAUUAUUUACAAUGGCAAUGUAUUAAAAAAAUUCCCUGGUCACCCAAAUAAGACAAGAGAUGUGUAUAGAGUUAUUAUGUCAUCUGAUGAAAGAGCUUUUAGCUGAAGUAUUUUUUACUUUGUUCUGUCUUAUCUAAGUAAAGCUUCACUUUACUUGCAUACACAUAUACUUAUGCUUUUUUUAUACGUUUUAAUCAGCCGAACCCUCUUAUUGUAAUAUUCUGUUGAAAUGUCAUUGCAAUGAGAUAUUAGUUACCGGUACAAUUUAAUCAUCUUUAUUAUUUUUUUCAGUUAUCCAGAAAGAAUGCUUUGUUUGAUUAAACAGGAUGUGCAACUUAUUGACAGUUGGAUAACAAGGAACAUGUAAUAUUGCAUCCACCAUGGAGGCAGAUGUUGAAUCAAGUGAAAAGAACAUUGUUGAGACAAUGAAUAGUUCAGACACUAAUAAACAAGACAAAGGCUCUCCCAGUGGUGAUGUGAAUAAAGAAAAUUCAACUUCAGUUAUAAGCCUCGAUCCUCUGAAUACACCCAUCACUACCCAGGAUACAUCUUUCAAUGCUCAGAAUACACCUAUCAAAAUCAGUACCCCAACUUCUGUUCUUGUUGAAAAUGAUGUUUCUGAUGAGGAUACAGACAGUGCUCUAGUUAUUAUAGAUGAAAGCUCUUCAGAGGAUGGUCAUACAAAUGUAAAUGUGCCUUAUAGAACAUGCCCCACUGAAAUUCAAUCUGACAAUCUUGUAAAAGAAGCUUUUAGCAAAAAAAUGCAGUCAGAUACCCAGAUUACCUCUGUGCCUCCUCCCAAUGAGGGUAAAUCUGUUGCUGUUUGUUCUCUCUCUGGUGACAAUCAAGCAAAGUCAUCAACACCAUCAUCUUCUACAAGUUCUCAAACAUCUAAAACAUCUAAAACAAAGAAAACUCCCAAAAGCUUAGGUAAGUUCUCUGUAGUAUUGGAAGACUUUAAAUCAUACUUUUCAAAGUGCAGUAGAGCGUAGAUUUUCCAACUAAUUGACACAGGGAUGUUUUACAUAACAAAACACACCCAGAAAAAGUUUGUGUUAACAAAGUUAGAGCAUAGAAUACUACAAGUAUCAUUAUCAUGCUUUACUGAACAGUCUAUUAACAGCAUGGUGUAUGGAGGUAAGCUGAUUAAUGUAAAAACUGGGGAGUACUCAAAUUUUUAAAAAUGAAAAGUCUUAGUUUCCAAAAAUAGAUGGCUUGCACUAGAAAUAAGUAUAAGGAAAGGUCACUUGAUCUUUGUAAAAGUGUAUUCUGUGAUAUACCCUGUUUUCAGAGCACCGGUGCAAUCAGGAUAUGGCAGUAAAGUUAUAUUUUAAAAAUAGCAUCAAACACUUAUAGGCUUAUAAUCAGGAACGACCUAUACUCAGAACUAUACAGUUUAUUAACAAGUUGGAAGUGCUUCAUGCCAUACACAUUGUGUACAAUAAUAAUAAUAAAAAAGACACGGCCGAAAUCAACGUUUCAAUGAAUGGGAAUUAGGAAAAUCAACACUCUACUUUAAUUCAAAUAAAUUAUACUUUUAAUUUAACUUUAAUUCAAAUAAAUUAUACUUUUAAUUUAUUCAGCAGGAAAUUAGACAACAAUUUUAAAAAAAAAAUAUUUAAAAUCAUAUUUAAAACCCUGCAGUUUUGUGUUUUUAAUAUUUCUUAAACUGCCAAACUAUUUAUUUUUAGCUCCAGAAAGUGUUUUGGAUAAGAAUGACAUUGAACAUUUGAGGACUCCCUUUAAAUAUGGUGAGUAUUGAUAUAUAUUUCUUGAGUGCUGCCCAUAGUGCUUCUUUUGAAUGAAUGUCUGAAUCUCAACUGUUUUUAAUAACAUUAUUAUGUAUUACUUACAAUAAUUAGUUUUGAAAAUUAAAAUUUGGGUGCAAUUAAACAAGAAUAUUAUUUGAAACACAAAACAUGGCCAAAAAUUAAUAAAGGAAAAAUUACAUCUGAAAUGUUUUUUGUUUUUUUUUUUUAAAUAUUAUUGCACACAUACUAAUUUUUCCUCAUCUGUACCCUAAAUAUCUUUUUUUAAACAUAAGUUACUUUUCUAAAAAUAAUAAAUGCCAGAAAAAAUGUUCAGAAUAAAUAUUUUUAGACAUUCAAGUUAGCGUUUGUCAAGUUGGACAGGACGUGACUUGUGAAUUUACACAACUAGAUAUGGACAAAAAAUUUGCUGAUCGUUUUCAACAGUAUGGUUUUGUAAACAUAUGUAGAAAUUACAGCCUCAAAAAAAAAAAUCAAUUUGUUUAUUUUCAGGCUGGAAAAGAGAGAUAGUAUUUCGUAACACCCAAGACACAAGCAGUAAACAAAGAUCUCUAUGUGAUGUUUAUUAUUUCCCUCCAAACGGAAAGAAGUUGGUUAGUAUAUCUUAACUUUUUAUUUCAAGAGGUUUAAUUUGUUUGAUUUAUGGUUAAAUUUGUUUGAUUUAUGGUUAAAUUUGUUUGAUUUAUGGUUAAAUUUGUUUGAUUUAUGGUUAAAUUUGUUUGAUUUAUGGUUAAAUUUGUUUGAUUUAUGGUUAAAUUUGUUUGAUUUAUGUUAAAUUUGUUUGAUGUAUGGUUUUGUUUGUUUUAUGGCUUAAUUUUAUUUUUAGCAUGUUUAAUGUAACUGAAAUAUGGAUGUUGUUUUUUCCACAGAGAUCAAUGGUGGAUAUAGCUAACUAUUGUAAGUGUUCUUAUUUUAGUAGUUAUUCAGUAGUAAGUAUUUUAAACAAAGAAAUUCUGUUUACUUACAUGCGAAAACGCAGGAUCAAAAACUGUACAAAAAAUCACACAUACUAUAAAACUGCAUGAAAAACUGUUCAGAAAGAAAGAAAAUAUGGAGAAAAAAUUAUAAUUUAUAACUUUUUCAUUUCCUUACCAAUGUUUUGAAUGCAUGAAGGCAUGUACACUUUGCCUUCUUGAUAAUUUCUGGAUUAGUUUGAAAACUGGAACAACAGGUGGUAAUUUAUUACUGAAAAUAGGCGUGAUUACAAUGAAAUGUGAACACAUUAUCUGAUAGAAUAUCUACACAGUAGGGCUGAGAAAAAAAGUUUUAAUAGAGGUAGAAUUUCCCUUUCUGACUCAAAGUUUCGAUUGUGCAAUUUUGCUUUAUUAUAAGCUUUAAUGUCAUAAGAGGCUUAAGAAAGUAAUUCUAUGUUCUUGUUUUGUGUGUGCAAAUUGCAUGGGAUGAUCCAAUUAUUGAAACAUAGACAAUUCAAGUUUAUUUGGCCCUCUUGUGUGUCUAAUAUCAAAUAAUUAUUAGGUUCGUUUGGAAGUGUCCAGCUGGAAAUAAAAUGACAAUUUAAAAAAUAUAUUAUUAUUUAUUAUUAUUAGUAGUAGUUUUAAAUAGCCCUGUACCCUAGGGAUGGGCUGGCCACGUUGUACAUGCAAUUUAACAAACAUAACCAUGAACUUAAAAAUUAACAUACAUUAAUUAAAUAGAGAAAUAUAAUAUACGAAUCUCAGUGAUUUUCUGCUCUCAGUAACAAGCAUAUAUAGUUUUCAAUGAAGAAGAUUUCACUGUGACAACUGCUUUAGUUUUAGAAAGGGUUAUUGCAUUCAUUUAAGCAAUGCCAUAGUAAUAAGGAGGCAUGAUGACUAAAGCUGUUCAUUGUUGGUAAUAUUAAAUAUAUUUAAAUAUCCAAGUAUUGAGAAAUGUAUCUUUGAAAUGGAGCUCCUUUUCUAAAGUUAGGUGGCCUACCGAUAUAAACUUUGGGGUAAAGGUCAUUUUGAACGGACCAGUUGGAUUUAAACUUCCAGUUGACCAAUGUUGCAUUUAUUGUAUUGCCAGUGUGAGCAAGUUCAAUAGCAAAUUUUUUGUUUUCUAAAUCAAAUGAGAAAAAAUGUACAAAAUCCUAUAUGGAUAAUGUUAAAAAAAACUCAAAAAGUAUGGGUAAACCAUGCAUGUGUCAUGUAUGUAUCUACCACAUAAUUAAUUUUCUAUGUAAAAUUUUAUUUUCAGUGAAUAAACAGAAUAAUUCUAAUGUGAAUCUUACACACUUCACUUUCAAGCGCAUGGCAUUGUUUAAUUCACCAGAGGAAUUAGUACGUAAUGCCGGUCAGUCUAAAAGAAAGGCCUCUGACAAUUCACCACAGAAAGAAGUCAACACUAAAAAAUUGACUCCGGCUGUGCAGAAGAAAAAGUUUAGUUCUGUAUCUCCAGUGUCAUCUAAAUUAUCUUCCAAACUUUUUAAAACCAACCUUCUCAAAACCAUAAACAAUACUGAACGAAAAAUAGUUGAGUCACCGAUAGGUCCUCAAGCACAGAAACCCUCUAGUCCAAAUAUUUCUGUUGUUACAUCGACUGAAACACAGCAGACCUCUGAGAAUGUCAGGCGCUUUUCAAGAGUCCCUUUUGGUAUUCGCAUAAGACCUCCUAAAUCGGAUCAGAAGCUAAUUCGUUACAAACGGAAACCUUUAUCACCAGAAUGGCAACCAACUUCAUCAGAUGAUUCCGAUUCACUUGACUCAACUGGCAGAACAGUCGAGGUUCUUAAAGCUGGUGUUGGAUCAGUUGGUGAAGGGGCAGGUGACGAUGAAUACAUGCAAACUGUGUAUGGUGCUCCCUCAAAUCUCAUUGCAUCCAUUGUUAGACAAGAGCCACAGAAAAGACAUGCUGAUGCUAACACUAACACAGAGCCAGCCGC